AGGCCAGGCUGCCUGGAGUGUCCCAGCAGGUACUGGAAAUGAGAUGGGGUUGUCCAUAACUUCUGAGGGCGUGGCGUGUGAGAUGUUGCUGUGGUCUGGGUGGGUGGGUGGCUUGGGUGCCUGUGAGGUCUGGGUAGUCACAAGACCAUCCUGAGAGGCUUGUCACCUUGAAGUAGCCCUGGGGAGAGCAGGAAAGUUCAGCUGUUGGGGCCACUUGAUUUCAGAUCUCUAGCUUUGCCCCCCUCUUGGAGUGUGGGCUGGUUUCACCCUGGCUAGGUUGCACUCCUGGUUACCUCCCCAGCCACACUGGUUGUGGCUGCAGCCCAGGCCUGUACGCCCGGUUUCCAUGGGUUGUACGGGUUCCUUUCCGCCAGUGUCCAUGCAGCGUCAUCAGGCUGCUGGGGACAGGUUGGGACCCACCCAGGGCCACAGGCUGGUGACUCUGGUAGAGGACUCAUCAGGUUCUGAAGGGUGGGGUGGGGUGGGCCCAAGCCCACCCUUCCACAGCCCCCAUCAUCUGGCCAAAGCAGGCUUGGUGUUCAUCCUCGUGGCGCUGGCCCAGGGGGCGGGGCAGGCAGUCAAACGGGUCCAGCGGGUACCUGGGACCUGGAGGGGUGGCCCCAGAUGAGCACCCUCCCCCUGGGAGGGUACUUUUGAGCCCAGCUGCAGGUAGGCCGGAAACGGUCAGAACAGGCAGGGACACGCCACUGGCCAGAGGGAGGAGGCGUCCACAGGUAGGAAGGGUCCUGCAGGCUGGCUGGGGUCUGUCAUUGCUCUGUGGGUGCCCCCUGGCUCCUGUGCUUGGCUCCUCUCUCAGCAGAGUUCCUUUCCCAGCCUAGGUGUCAAUGUCUCUUCCACUGGGGUGUUGUAUGGUCCUCCAGGUUCCCUCCGCCGAGCUCCUGAGGGCUGCAUAUCUCUGCUCCUCUCUGGGUUAGGUCUUUUCCAUCCCUGUCUGGAGUCCUCACCAUCUCCGUGUUCAACUUGUCUACAUUUCCAAUGCAGGAACUGGUCCCCCGUGGGUCCAUUCCUAUCCCCGGUCUCUGCCUCGGGCCUCUUCCCUGCUCCUGGACGUAACUGUACCCUUCUCGGGAUGGUCCUGCUCUGUACUGGGGGAUCCUCUCUAGAGUACGGUCUUCAGUCUUCCCUGGAUUCCCUGGUGGUCUCAGAACCCGCUCCAUGCUCCACCGCCUUCUUCCCUGCCUGACCUCCUCUCCUCGCAGGUCCGUCCCGAUGCCCUGCCCUCGGCCGUUCUGGCUCCGCCAUUCCCGGGCCUCCCAGGGCUCGGGUCCCAGCUCCCCAAGCAGAGGGGAGGACCAGGAGGAGGAGGAGGAGGGGGACGGCAGCCCAGGCUCCAGCCCCAUCCUGUCCCCCGCCUCCCCGGUGGAGUGCCUCAUCUGCGUGUCGUCUUUCGACGGCGUGUUCAAGCUGCCCAAGCGCCUGGACUGCGGCCACGUCUUCUGUCUCGAGUGCCUGGCGCGCCUGUCGUUGGCCACGGCGGGCGGCGGCAACGCGGUGGCCUGUCCAGUGUGCCGCGCACCCACGCGCCUGGCCCCCCGCCGCGGACUCCCCGCGUUGCCCACGCAGUCCGGUCUCCUGCCCCGCGACGCGCGCGCGCCGCCCUCUCGCCAGGGCUCCGUGCGCUUCGACCGGCGCCGCGGCCUCCUCUACCUGCGGCCGCCGCCGCCCCCGCCCGGGCCGCGCAAGGCCCGCGCCCCGCCGCCCCCGCCGCCUCUGCGCCUGGGCCGCCCGCUGUCGCGCCGCCUGUCGCUGGCCAGCCCGGCCUGGGUCUUCAACGCGGCCGUGGCGCUGGCCGUGCUGGUGGCCGCGGGCCUCGUGGUCUCGGGCGUCUACAUCUUCUUCCUCAUCCCGCACGCCACCUCCUCCGGCCCCGCGCGGCCCCAGCUCGUGGCGCUCGCCCCAGCGCCAGGCUUCUCUUGGUUCCCGCCGAGGCCCACGCCGGGGGUGCCCUGGACCCCCGCCUGGACGCCGCGCCCCACGGGCCCUGACCUAGACACGACACUGCCAGGAACUGCAGAAGAUGCGCUGGAGCCCCAGGCGGGCCCCGAGGACCCGGUGGAGAACGAGGGGACGCUGGACAGGCCAUCGGACGGCACGUGGGGCACAGAGGCUGACCCCGGCUGGGCCCCGUGGCCACGGGGUGCGAGGAGGCCGUGGGGCCCACAGUAAGGGCGCCAGCACUGCAGUCCUGCCGCCAGGCCUGGCACCCCCGUGUUAUCUGGGGCCUUUAGCAGGGCACACAGCACUUACCUGUUUCUCCAGGCUGGGGCCUGGGGCAAGCAUCGUUGGCAUUGUCAUCGUGGGGCUGGAUCCUCUCAAGGAGCAGACACCGCAGUCAUCCCACAAGGAUCCUCUGGGAACACCCCUGACCCCCAUUCUUGUGGCUGUACAGCGGAGGGUGCCCUGACCGUGACCUCCAUAAGGGUCCUGCUAGCGCUUGCUCCUGCUCCGGAACCCCUACUCCGUGGGGGUGCAGGUGGAAGCAUCCCUGAUCCUCAUCCCUUGUAGGAGUCCAGCUGUGGACACCCCCGACUGACAUCCAUGCAGGUGCCCAGCCAGGGGCAGCCCCACACGGAUCCCUGAACGGGUCCUGCUGGGAGUACCCCCAUUCAUCCUCACCACAGAGUGCCGGGGGAGCGUCCUUACCAGCACCGGAGGCCGAAGCACUCAUCCUUCGGACUGGCCACAGGUGGCAGCCAUCUUUGGAGGGCAGAGCUGUUGCGGCUAUUAUUCCCUGGUUACAGCGCCUCCCCAACUGGCCCAUUGCAGGGGAUGUCCCACCUCUCCGUCCAUCUGUGGAGUUUGUUUUCUACUGCCUGCAGCCUGGGCCUGGGUGGGCUCCAGCUGUCUACAUGCUGAUCCUGGGUGUAGAGUUGCCAUCCUGCACACCUGGUUGGGGCUGGGGCUCAGACUUGAAAGAGCAGGGUGUUCUGGCCAGGGCUGGGGAGGAGCUUGAGUCUUAAAGACUGGCACCCGCUGCAAUCCUAAGUCCCAAACUGCUCUGGGAGCCUCCGCUUCCCCCUGGGUCGUGGCUUCUAGGUUCCUCCCAAUAUGCUGUGGUGCAGCUGAGCUCAUCAUGGCUCAGAGAGGCCAAGGUCACCCCAGGGGUCACAGAGAGGCAGACAAUGGUGGGGGUGGGAGUCCUGGACCUCCUUGGUUAGCCAGAGGCAUCCUAGUCCCUUUCCCUGGCCACCAGAGUCCCCAUCACCCCCGAUUAAUAUCUUGGUGCCAGUUACUGCAGUUCUUCCUCCAGGGCUCCAUCUGUCCUGCUCAGCCUCCCUUCUUGUGCCUCAAGGUGAACCCUGAGCCUUCCCGAUAGACAGCAGCCUGCAGGGAAGGUGGUGUAUGGGCUCCUGUCCUCUUCCUCCCAGAAGCCUUCCUGGGUUAGUUAUGGGGGAAGAUGGCAGCUAUCCUCUGUGCAGACUGAACCUGGGGCUUCUGUUUCCUCCCAGGCCCUGCACCCCCGCAUCCUGCCUCACCUCACUCUGGGAUGGAGUGCUGUGUUUUGGGAAUGGGCACCCAGCAUGUUCCAAAGAGAAAUAUGACUUCUACAUAGCUGGAGGCCCCUGUUUGAUUUGUUUACGUGUGUUCUCAGCAUCAGUAUACCAGCAUACAGUAGGUGCCAAACAAGGGAGUGUCAGAAUUGCAGGUGACCCAGGCAACCUGGGAAUGCACCCUGGGCCCAGGACUGUCUAGAGCUAGCUCUGGUGUAAGCUGCUGCUUCCAGGUGGGAACCAGAGGAGGAAUACUAGGGAGUCCAUAGUGUGUCUUCCCAGACCAGUUCUUGCCCACACCCACAUGCCGAUGUCACCCACAGGGGCUGGGACCAGUGUACUGAGUCACUGGGCAGCCACAGCCCAGCCUCAUAGGGAAGAAACCUGGUCAGACAGCAGCAGAGUUGGUGGUCUAUUCAUUUUCUCUGGCUGCUGUGACAAAAUACCCCCAACUUAAUUAUUUAGGA